AAGCCAUCUCCAGGGCCCCAGCAUCGGCCGAGGACAGGAUCCAGCCAGUGAGCGGCGCCCAGGAGAGGGAGGAGCACAUCUUGAUGCAGAGAUGCUGCAGUGGCUCAGGCGCGCACACACACUCCUUGCCCUCCGCGGCUGCUGUUGCUGCUGCUGCCGCCUCCACCGCAGCACUGGGACAGCAGCACGCUGCUGAGGCCCGGCCUGCAAGAGGGCAGGGGAGGAGGAAGGCUGGGGGCUGGCGGGUGACUCCAGCUCCUUGCCCAACGGCGGCGUCUACCUGCCCCAAACCAACAUCCUGUUUCCAGCCCAGGUCCUCCUCAGACUCCAGCUGGAGUAAGGCUCAUGUCCUCCCUCUCACGGCUGCCUGGGACUCCUACCAUGAGGACUCCAGCCAGGAGCACAACACCCCUGUUACUCAUGCUCACGGUGGCCCUAUGCUCCUCUCCAGCCAGGGGCUCCAUCCAGGGGAGCCCCACCACCUUUGGGCCUGUAUUUGAGGACCAGCCCCUCAGCAUGCUGUUUCCAGAGGAGUCCUCAGAGGAAAAGGUGACACUGGCAUGCCGUGCCCGGGCCAGUCCCCCGGCCACAUACAGGUGGAAGAUGAAUGGAACCCAGAUGACCCUGGAGCCGGGCUCUCGACAACAGCUAGUGGGGGGCAACCUGGUGAUCAGGAGCCCCUCCAAGGCCCAGGAUGCUGGCGUCUACCAGUGCCUGGCCUCCAACCCUGUGGGCACUGUUGUCAGCAGAGAGGCUGUCCUCCGCUUUGGCUUUCUGCAGGAGUUCUCCAAGGAGGAGCGAGACCCAGUGAAAACUCAUGAAGGCUGGGGGGUCAUGCUCCCCUGUAACCCCCCUGCCCACUACCCAGGUUUGUCCUACCGGUGGCUCCUCAACGAGUUCCCCAACUUCAUCCCCACCGAUGGCCGCCACUUUGUGUCACAGACCACGGGGAACCUGUACAUCGCCCGGACCAAUGCCUCAGACCUGGGCAACUACUCCUGCCUGGCCACCAGCCACAUGGACUUCUCCACCAAGAGCGUCUUCAGCAAGUUUGCUCAGCUCAACCUGGCAGCCGAAGACACCAGGCUGUUUGCGCCGACCAUAAAGGCCCGCUUCCCCGCAGAGACCUACGCACUGGUGGGCCAGCAAGUCACGCUGGAGUGCUUCGCCUUCGGGAACCCGGUCCCCCGUAUCAAGUGGCGCAAAGUGGAAGGCUCCCUGUCCCCGCAGUGGACCACGGCCGAGUCCACCCUGCAGAUCCCCAGCGUCAGCUUCGAGGACGAGGGCACCUACGAGUGUGAGGCGGAGAACUCCCGGGGCCGAGACACCGUCCAGGGCCGCAUCAUCGUGCAGGCUCAGCCUGAGUGGCUCAAGGUGAUCUCAGACACGGAGGCCGACAUCGGUUCCAACCUGCGCUGGGGCUGUGCGGCCGCCGGCAAGCCCCGGCCCACAGUGCGCUGGCUACGGAACGGGGAGCCCCUGGCUUCCCAGGCCCGGCUGGAGGUGCUGGCUGGGGACCUGCGCUUCUCUAGGCUGAACUUGGAGGACUCAGGCAUGUACCAGUGUGUGGCAGAGAACAAGCAUGGUACCAUCUAUGCCAGCGCUGAGCUGGCUGUGCAAGCACUGGCCCCCGACUUCAGGCUGAACCCCGUGAGGCGUCUGAUCCCCGCUGCCCGCGGGGGUGAGGUCACCAUCACCUGCCAGCCCCGAGCAGCACCCAAGGCCAUGGUGCUUUGGAGCAAAGGCACCGAGAUCCUGGUCACCAGCAGCAGAGUGACAGUGACCCCAGACGGCACGCUGAUUAUAAGGAACAUCAGUCGAGCAGAUGAAGGCAAAUACACCUGUUUUGCUGAGAACUUUAUGGGCAAAGCCAACAGCACUGGCAUCCUCUCCGUGAGAGAUGCAACCAAGAUCACUCUUGCCCCAUCAAGCGCUGACAUCAACUUGGGGGACAAUCUGACUCUGCAGUGCCAUGCUUCCCAUGACCCCACCAUGGACCUCACCUUCAUCUGGACCCUGGAUGACUUCCCCAUAGAUCUGGAUAAACCUGGGGGUCACUACCGGAGAGCCAAUGCGAAGGAGACAAUUGGGGACCUGACAAUCCUGAAUGCCCAGCUGCGCCACAGCGGCAUGUACACAUGCAUGGCACAGACGGUGGUGGACAGCGCAUCCAAGGAGGCCACAGUGCUGAUCCGAGGGCCCCCGGGGCCCCCAGGAGGCGUGGUGGUGAGGGACAUCGGAGACACCACUGUCCAGCUGAGCUGGAGCCGUGGCUUCGACAACCACAGCCCCAUUGCCAAGUAUACACUUCAAGCGCGCACUCUGCCUGCAGGGAAGUGGAAGCAGGUUCGGACCAGUCCUGCCAACAUCGAGGGCAAUGCUGAGACUGCCCAGGUGCUAGGCCUCACGCCUUGGAUGGACUACCAAUUUCGGGUCCUUGCCAGCAACAUCCUGGGCACCGGGGAGCCCAGUGGGCCCUCCAGCAAGAUCCGGACCAAGGAAUCAGGUAAGAGUCCCCUGGUUUCCCCAAGAGGCAGUAAGUACAGUGCACAAGCCUGAGCCUGCCCCCCAGGGACUACUGUCAGCAGAGGCCGAGCCAUGUUC